AUGCUCGACAAAGACAAGUUUGAUCAGAGCGUGGAUGGAUGGGUCGACCUGGGCCUGCCAGCGCCUUUUCACAUGCGGCCCUUGAAAGGCAUGAAUGAGAGCACAAAUUUCGGGAUUCAGUCGAGCCUCAUGGGGGAUGUCGUCACCAUCAGUCUCAACACUGCCACGCUUCAGCUAGCUGGCAGCAACUCGCUGAAACCUGUGGCAACCCGUCAUUUGAAGAAAUACCUGAUCUCGGGAGCAUCAGAGUAUGUGAAGGAUGCAGGCCAGCAGGGUAUGGGCCUGCCAGCGCCUUUUCACAUGCGGCCCUUGAAAGGCAUGAAUGAGAGCACAAAUUUCGGGAUUCAGUCGAGCCUCAUGGGGGAUGUCGUCACCAUCAGUCUCAACACUGCCACGCUUCAGCUAGCUGGCAGCAACUCGCUGAAACCUGUGGCAACCCGUCAUUUGAAGAAAUACCUGAUCUCGGGAGCAUCAGAGUAUGUGAAGGAUGCAGGCGGGGCUGCGCGCUUGGAAUAG